AUGUUGUACACGGAGCUGCUGCGGUUGUGGGAUGAAGCAGUGAAGGCAGUGGAUGCCAGAGACUGGCAGGGAGCCCUGUCUAAACUGAACCAGAUCACUGAACCUACCUCCCGUACUUUGUUUCUGACUGCCUCUGCUCACCUUGCCUUGGGGCAGCUGGAGCCUGCCAUCCAGGCUUUAGACCAGACCAUAGCCAAGGAUGAGCGACUUGCAGUUGGCUUUUUCCAAAGAUCUGGAACACUCAUAAUGGCUAGCAGGCUGGAGGAGGCUCUGAAUGACUGUAUCUCGGCUCAGAAACACAUGAGAGGGAACGUGGUCAUUGACUACAGACAGCUGGGGCUACGCUACAAGCUCUACAGCUGGCAGGUCUUGUAUAACGCAGCAGCUGUCCACUCCAGGUUGAACCAGUUGGACAAAGCCAGAGACAUCCUGCUCUCAGCCUCCCAGGAGAAAGUAGGAGGGGGGCGAGGACUGGAAGUGGCUUUACACAGUAUCUCUAAGGGAGAGGUGCUGCCCGUCCUCCUGGUGCCAGAGGGAGAGGUGUUCCGGCCCAGGAAACAGGACAUAGAACAGCUGGGACAGAGAGACUUCCUGGGCAAACCAAUGGUAAUUUCCUCAAUGAUUCCCAAUGAUGACUUUGGUGGAUUUGAACCUCUCAGGACCAAUAAACCGGGAUACUACGAGCCCAAGAUGGAUAGAGUGAAGGAAUCUCGCUACAUGCGUCUGCGUAACCCCUACAUGUCCCAAGCCCCUGGGCAGCUGACGGUGCCUGGGGGAGCCAUAGUGUUUCUUUUCAGUAAUGCAGACAGAGAUGGACUGGCCAUGGUCAUACAUGAUGGACAGAAAGGACUUGUCCCCAUGACCCUGCUGGACCCUGUGGAUGUCAACAAGUCCAAAGGCAGAAACAAAAAUAAAAGUAUUCCCAGUGGGAUCCCCCUCCCACCGGGUCUCAAGCCGCCCACUCGCCCACAGAGCCAGCUUAGCCACGAAGAACCUCCACAGGAGAGGCCUGAUAGAGAGGCAUCUCCACCCUCCUACCUACCUACCACCUCCACCCCGCCACCCAGGUACCCAUCCACGGUGGACAGUCCUACUGAGCUGACUGAGGACCCUCUGGCCAACCGUACCUUUCUCUACCAGAUGGUGGCACUGUAUGACUAUGCAGCUGAGGGACCAGAGGAUUUGGAGUUCAGUGAGGGAGACACUAUUGACAUUCUCGGUGAAGUUAAUGAAGAGUGGCUGGAGGGUCACUGUGCUGGUAACAUUGGCAUCUUCCCCAGCCUUUUUGCCUACCGGGAAGGAGAGGCCCCCUCAACCAUCGAUCGGAUGACCAUGUUGCUAUCAAACAAGGAAUAGGCUCAACUCUUGCUCACAGUUAACAACUUGAUACUUUAUUUAUCUAAUUCCAGUUAAAAUUAUGACGGCUGUCAACGGCCUUCAUCAGAAUCAGUACGGAGACUAUGCAGCAUGUCAUCUCUUGGUGUGCUUCUGUGGUUGUCUGAUGGAGGACUACAUCAUUGGGUUUGCUGCAUGCCUGACCAAGCCACUGACAUUUUCCAUCCACUCCAUCCACUGGAAUAGAGUGGUCAUACUGGGUAGCAUUUGACCAACAGGUCAAACUUAAAGUGUUUCACCUUUUCUACUUACUGUCAACUGCUGUGAAUGAAUGUGGACCACUGUUAUACUGUUAUAUGGUUGUUACUUCCUCCAUGAUCAUGUAAACCUGUUAAACUAAAGAAGAUCUAGUGGUAAGAAUGGUGUUGUUCACUUUUGUUGAAGAAAACCUAAUAGGUCUGCUGUGGAAAUUCUACACAGGGACACUCGAAGUCAAUCUUAAAGGAAUCAUUGUUCAUUAACAGUUAACUGGGGAGGUUCCGACAAACUUGAUGCACCAUAGUACAUGUGUACCAUCGGGGCAGUCCCGUUAGAUCUCUUAUAUACAGCUUACAGACACAUUACAUAGGCAUGAUUUAGCUUGUUCCUCAUUCAUAAUUAAUUCUUCAUUAAUAUUUGGUUCAUGCAUGUGACAGACCAAUACCUCACGAAGCUUCUUCUCUCCAAGCUGUGACCUUGAAACUGAGAACCUUCCGUUCUCAAAACAAGGUUCUGGGCGUACUGCCGAACUGCAGAUACAGAUAGUGAGGAUCCGUUCAGACACUUACAUGAACACAGAAAUUGGUUAUUAGAAAAGCACAAACACAACUCAAUUCAUGAAAUAGGACAUGCAAUGCAAUAAUCCCAUUCCCUAAUUCCAUUAAAGCUAAUUUACUUGAUUGCCCACAUUAAACAAAGUUCAUAACAUUUAUGGACUUCCAGUCUUUCUUAACAGGGCUCUGGACUGACUGGUAGAAAAAUAGAAGCCUGAGUCUGUGUGAAUGAAGUGUAAGGGUAGAGGACCUCUGUAUCCCAAAUAGCACCCUUUUCCCUAUGUAGUGCACUGCAUUUAACCAGGGCCUACAGGGCUCUGGUCAAAGUAGUGCGUUAUGUAGGGAAUAGGGGGCCAUUUGGCACUCACAUCUUAGUUGGCUGUGCAGUAGAAGUGCAGUGGUCUAGGCUUUAGUUAGUCACCACACAGGAAAAUGUCAGGUACUUUUAGCUGUCGUCACAAAUGAUAGUUAUGAAAAAAGAAGGGGCGCAAUGAAGCAUCAAAGAGCUCCAUUCAGAUGGCUUAUUAAACCAGAGUCCUUUAGUAAUUAGGCUCAGUCUGUUCCCAUGUGAAGCAUUUACGUCCACCCACCCAUCCUCUGGUAGAAUUCAGGGACUAUUGUUGUACACCUACCAGGGAUAAUGGAUGCAUUAUGUGGUGCAUACAUUUUCUAUUUGAGAGUGUGAAUAAUGUAGUCAACAACAGUGAAUCUGUAUUACAGGGUAACUCCUACAUAUUUACAUCAUUGAUGAGAUGACGCUUGCAAAAUGAAUACUAAAUUGUAUGUUCAAAACUAUCCCAAACCAAACACACCUGGUCUGAUUCUAUACUGAACAAACGCAAGAUGUAAAGUGUUGGUCCCAUGUUUCAUGAACUGAAAUAAAAGAGCACAGAAAUGUUU